CAUUCUCAUCAAAUACAAAACAUCUCAACUCAAUUUUCUUCCAAAUGGCUAACCAUGUUACUCUCACAUCCUUCCUUUGCUUGCUCCUACUUGCCACCCUGGCUACCUCAUCAAGAAUUCUUGACCAAGUAACCCCACCAUUCCCCGUCCCAUCCGACCCGAUACCGCCGCCAGAGACGGUGGCUCCGGCCACAACCGCCCUCCCGAGCGGCCAAAUCCCGGCCGCCACCGCCACCAAUGAAGUACCACCCGAGGCCGCCCCGGUAGAAGAAGAACCCGUCGCCCCCGCCCCAUCCGACAUCCCCGAGGCCACCCCAACCGCCCCACUGGGUGGAGCGGCCGACACUAAUCCCAAUGCUGCCGCGGGGGCCACAACUGCGGCCCCUGCGGGCACAUUCUCCUUCUUCAUGCACGACAUCCUAGGCGGGUCCCACCCGUCCGGGAGGGCGGUGGCCGGCAUCGUCGCCAACUCGGACGCCAACAACCUCCCGUUCUCGAAGCCGAGCAACCCCAUCUUCCCGAUCAACGGGGGCGUCCCGCUGAACACCAUCAACGGCGUGAUCAACAACAACAACUACCCAUUCCUAGUCGGCCUCAACGGCGCCCCCUCGAGCACCCUCGUCCAGAGCAACGGCAACAACGCCGUCGCCACCGGCGGCAGCAGCCAGCAAGCCUUCGUGACGGCGGGGCAGCUGCCGCAGGGGCUGACCCUCAACCAGCUGACGUUCGGGUCGGUCACGGUCGUCGACAACGAGAUCACCGAGGGGCACGAGCUCGGGUCCGGGGUGCUCGGGCGGGUGCAGGGGAUAUACAUCACGAGCUCCUCCGACGGCAGCAGCCACACGGUGGCGCUCACGGCCGCGUUCCACGGCCACGAGCACGAAAUCGACGACAACAUCAGCUUCUUCGGAGUCCACCGGACGGCGACGCCGCUGUCGCACAUCGCCAUAGUCGGUGGGACCGGCAAAUACGAGAAUGCGAAAGGGUAUGCGACCAUUGAAACGAUGCCGCAUGUUGAUCAACACACCACUGAUGGGAUUGAAACCGUUACGCAUUUCACGGUUUACAUUACUCCAUAGGAAUAUUGUUUCGAUCGAUUAUGAGUUCUAAUCUUCUUCAAUUUCUGUUUAUUUCUGGAUUCUCAGUUUAAUCAUUGUGUGUUUGUAUAAUUGUAUUUGAUUUUAUGACUUCUCAAACUCAGUUGGUAUCA